UCUUUACAUCUCUUCAUCUCCUUUUCUCUUACCCCCGCGCCCUCGCUCAUGGCUAUCAGAGCUGCCGUCGCCCGGCAUGUUCUACAGCUCACCCUCCGACGCGAGUUCGCCUCCGCCUCCACACCCCGCCUCGCCCGCGACCACAAGCCAGGCAGCGCCCUCGACUGGGCCACGCAGGUCCUCAGUCUCCCACGCAACGACUGGGGCGGGACAGUCGUGCCCUCUCCCCCUCCUUCUCCUUCAACCUCACCCUCCUUCUCUGCCUCUCGCCCGAAGCCGCGGGGGCGACCUGCACCGGCCAGGCAGGUGCCCGAGCGAGAUGGGUGGGCUGGCGAGGUAUCGCGCGCCGUUGCGAACAGGCCUCCACCACGGUCACGGAGAGGGUGGGGGCCGGCACGCAUAGCACCACGAGACCAACCACGAGAUCAGUUGGACACAGGGCCCACGCGGCAUCAGCGGGCAUCGACACGCGAGGCGUCACAGUCAGAAGAGCAAGCAGGUCGAGUGAGCCACCGGAGGCCUGGAGCAUCAACAGUCGCCCUGGUCUCGACUGAGGAGCUGCUCGCGAGGUUAGGCAACGCAAGCCAAAAGCUCGAGGGCUCGACAACAACGAAUGUUGGACCAGAAUCCGGCGCGUCGAUCCGAUCGCACGAAGAUCGCCCUCGGAGCGAGGAUGGUCCAUCACAUACACCGGAUGACACCGGUCCCACCCUCGAGGACGUCGCGCCAACACUCUUGGGUGACUCGAGCAACUCUGGGAGACGAGACGACAAGACAGGACUGUUUCGCGUCCCAAAGGCCAAGCUCGUCACAAGCACCGGUGCAGAAGUGCCUCCGUGGUCGCGACGUGAGCUGAGACCUAAUCCCGAAAUCACAGUCAAAGACAUUCUCGCCUGCCCCCCUCGCUGGGCGCCGAACCGCAUUCUGGCAUAUCUCAAGACCACGCGCCUGCCGGUCCGCGUCGGGCCCAUGCAUGCGCACCUCGACCGCCUGCGCCAGCUCAUUGACGCUAUCGUCCCGCCCAACUGGGGCACUCUGUCGGCAUACCGACAGCGGGCGUUGCUCACGCUGUGGUCUCAUUGGUUGCAACUCGCUGCGCGGAUCCACGACCUUGGCGGACUCCCACGCAUGCGCGGCUGGGAGGGGCGUGAGUUUGCGGCAGAGCGCUUUGACGCGCUCUUUCUCGCCAUCGUCGGCGGCCGUGUGCGGCCAGGCAAGGGGGAGGGGUGGGACAAGUGGAGGGCGCGCUUCAAGGUCGGCGAGAUGACACCACCAGAGCUCGUCGAUGAGGAAUUCAGACAGCCUUCGCCCGCCGAGGAGCCGCCAGACUCAUCGAGUCCGCCUGUCCGGCACACAUUCGGCCUCAAGACUCGCGAGCCUGAGUGCGACGACACAAAGCAGAAGGGCACCGUGACGCACUACACUCCUCCGACGCUGUACGCCGACUCGCCGGUGGAAAAGCACGUCGAGUACGAUGCUGCGUACACGCGUGCGAUGAAGAUGCGUGGUGCUGCUCUGGCUGCGAUGCGCCAGAAACGCGCGCGUGAGGCGCUCAGGGCUGUGAGCGUCGCCAUCGCGUUUAUGAGCACGGUGGAGGCCCGCCCAACCGAGUUCCAGCUGCAGCUCAUCUUCACGCAUCUUACGGAAUACAUUCCGUUCAAGGAGAUUACAAAGCACCUUUUGGAGGAGGAGGCUGGCCCGAUGCACGACGUCGCGGCGCGACUGCAGAACCUCCUGCAACCUUGGGUCACGGGUGCUCCACUGGUUGAGGGAGGACCACCUGUGCGCUCCACCGUCACGCGGUGGGACUCCGACAAUCACCUGCCGGCCCGCGGGGAGGGGCGGCGGAUGUACACACAGCGCAAGCAACUCCUCCUCACAGUCGGAGACAUGAUCAUGACGCGCAUCGAGGGCGGCGCCGAGCCUCUGACCUACCGCCGCUGGCUUGAGGCAGCUGAGGACAUGCUUCCACACUGGCACUUCAUGGUCGCGCGCUACGAGGGGCUGUACCGCGCCGCGGCUGACGGACAGCCGCUUCGCGCCCCGACGAUCAAGGAGGCGCAUGCGCUGCACCUGCUGGCGCGGUAUGCGAUCGCGCGCCUGCCGCGCAGCGGCAUGCGCCUCCCGCCCGGCGCGGAGGGCACGCUUGCCGACCCAAUGUACUGCCUGCGCCUACUGCUGGGCACGGAGGGCGCGCGCUUCUUUCCGCGCCAAAGCGGGGCGCUGCACUCCGUACGCUCGCGGGACGUGGACGAGCGAAUCGUGGCCACCGCAAUACGCUGGGCGCGCGCCGCGGCGCAGCGCUCUCUCCUUGCGCCCGUUCUCGCCCUCGUCCGCCUCCUUACCGGUGACACGGACCGCGCCCUUAGCCGGCCGGGGCAUGGUGCCGGCCCACCCCCCAUCCCCCUCCGGCUGGCCAUCUACCUCGCCGGCGCGGCAAGCGCGCCCGAAGACGUGCCUGCCCUGCUUCCCCUCCUCGAGAAGGUGGACGUUGCGGGGGACGCGGCACUCGCGCAGGCCGUCGACACGGCCGGGUGGCGGCUGCGUGCAGACGUGCGCGUGGGACACCUCUCGGCCAUGCGCAGCGGGCCGCAUGCCGUAGUUGUGCGUGUGCUUAUGCUUGCGCGUAAGGCGGAUCAGAUGGGGCUGCGACCCGACGGUGAGGAGGGAGAGGAAAAGGAGGGGCUUGAGGCGCGCACGCGCAUCAUGUUCCUCCGAUGGGGCUUGCCCGCCAUGGGGGAGGUGGGGGAGACGGACGGGAGCUUGCUGCAAGCCCGUACGCAGGGCUAGAGCGCGGGA